AACGUGGCCGUCCGCAAGGUCAAGGUGCUCAAGGCGCCCAAGUUUGACCUGACCAAGCUCAUGGAGGUGCACGGGGACUACAGCGCCGAGGAGGUCGGCGCGCGCGUGGAGCGGCCCGCGGCGGCAGCGCCGGCGGAGGGCGAGGCCGCGGCGACGCCCGCGGAGUGA